CCCUCUCGGGACUCUCCUGUGGGUUAAGGUCUGAUCUUUGCAGGCCGGGGUGGUUUAGGUGACCCCCGAGGAGCCCUGCUGACACCUGGAUUCCAGCUGCUUUCGUGGCCAUGCAGGGGUGCCUAUGAGCGCCCCGCCACUGAGAGCGUGGGUUUCUGUGUGUGUUGUCGGUGGGAGGCGCGUGAGUGUGGCCGCGUGUGGGCGUGUCUGAUGUCCCCGGCUUGGGGCCUCGCCCGCUGCGCCCACUUGUGGCUCCUGGGAGCCGCCAGGGGGAACCGCGCCGUCACCGCCUCUGCCGAGGACGCCGCCGGAUAGGAGGCUGAUGACAUGAGGGCGCCGUCUCCCGAGUGAUGGCAGCGCGCGCUGCCUAGCCGCCUCCGCCGCUCAGCCCCGGACUCCUUACGUCAGGGUAGCUGGGUCCCCCCUCCGCGCGGGAGCCAGCGAGCAGCGAGAGAGCAGAGCAGAGCGCGCCGCGGAGUCGGGGCGCCCUUACUGCGAGCAGAGCUCCGCGGAGCCCAGCGGAGAGGAGCCGGGCGGGAGGCAGCGCGGCGGAGCCGGAGCCGGACGCUGCAAGCGGACUCCCCGGCCAGUACAAGCACUCCUCGGCCGGCGCCGGACCCGCGGGGCGCCGGGUUCGUCUGGUGCGCCCCACGCCAUGCACGCCGGGGUCCGCGGCUCUCUGGAGCAGCCCCAGCGCGGUGGACCCAGGCUUCUGGGUCCCGGCGCCUGUCGCUGAAGUAGUUGGGUGACCGGGGCGGGGGGUCGCCACGUCGGGGACGCGGCCAGGACCCGCGGAGUCGGCCCCCGAGAGCGGGGAGCGGGGCCGCCCGCGUCGCCCCACCAUUACCUCGCCGGGCGGUAAGGAGGAGCUGGUGGCGGUCGCCUCCCGGCUGUGGCAGCGGCGGCGGCGUGCCUGCCUGGCGGCCGUCGGCGUACUCCUGGCCAUGGCGCUCGGGCUGCUCAUCGCUGUGCCGCUGCUGCUGCAGGCGGCGCCCCCCGGCGCGGCGCACUACGAGAUGAUGGGCACUUGCCGCAUGAUCUGCGACCCUUACACUGCCGCACCCGGAGGGGGGCCUGCGGGCGCAAAGGCGCCUCCGCCCGGACCCAGCACCGCCGCCCUGGAAGUCAUGCAGGACCUGAGCGCCAACCCUCCGCCUCCCUUCAUACAGGGACCCAAGGGCGACCCGGGGCGACCGGGCAAGCCAGGGCCUCGGGGGCCUCCUGGAGAGCCGGGCCCGCCUGGACCCAGGGGCCCUCCAGGAGAGAAGGGCGACACGGGGCGACCCGGGCUGCCAGGGCUGCAACUGACGGCGGGCACGGCCGGCGGCGUCGGUGUGGUGGGCGGCGGGGCUGGGGGAGGUGGCGACUCCGAGGGUGAAGUGACCAGUGCGCUGAGCGCCACCUUCAGCGGCCCCAAGAUCGCCUUCUAUGUGGGUCUCAAGAGCCCCCACGAAGGCUAUGAGGUGCUGAAGUUCGACGACGUGGUCACCAAUCUCGGCAAUCACUAUGACCCCACCACCGGCAAGUUCAGCUGCCAGGUGCGCGGCAUCUACUUCUUCACCUACCACAUCCUCAUGCGCGGCGGCGACGGCACCAGCAUGUGGGCGGACCUCUGCAAGAACGGACAGGUCCGGGCCAGCGCCAUCGCACAGGACGCCGACCAGAAUUACGACUACGCCAGCAACAGCGUGGUGCUGCACUUGGAUUCAGGGGACGAAGUGUAUGUGAAGCUGGAUGGCGGGAAGGCUCACGGAGGCAAUAAUAACAAGUACAGCACGUUCUCGGGCUUUCUUCUGUACCCGGAUUAGGGGCGCGGGAGGAGGUGCGAGGUGGGGUGGCUGCAGGCCGAAGGGUCUCCGCAGGGGCGCGGCUCCUUGGCAAAGGCCACUCCCGAUUCAUAACACUUCCUGACAUCUUCGUUGGAAAAGACACAUCCCUGCUCUCCUCCCUGCCCUGCUCCUGGCCUCAGUACGUCUGCUACUCAUCAUUCUCAGGGCCUUGCUCCUGGUCUCAAUCCCCAUCCUGGCGAGGGAGGAAGGGACGCCUGAGCCCUUGAGGCAGAGGCACAGACUUUGCAAACCUGAUCAGAAUGGACAGGCCGGGCCGGGAGCCUGCCCUCCUCGGACCGCCUCCUCCCUUCCCAGAGCCUAGAAGAGUAGGGCUCCGGGCCCUGGCCAAGGGAGGUAGGCCAGAGGGAGCGUGGGCUCCCUGGGGCGUCCUUCUUUGUGACCCGAAACACUUGUGCAGAUUUCCCUGUCCGUCAGCCAAAACCCCACCCACAGCAGAAUUCCAGCAAACAGAAAAUUCACCUCUCCACACCGCACUCCCUCUGACUCAGACUCACCGCGAUGCAUUAAAUUGUUUUUAGACUAUG